AUGAACGACAUCAACGAUUCUUCAUCGACUACGGUGGACCCGCUCAUUAUGUUGCUACAGCAACAACAGCAGCAAAUGCAGCAGUUCGGCACGCUGUUGACUCUACUACAGCAAAAAACGGCCGGCCAACGAACGAGCACUCCUCGACAACCAUCGACGGCAAUCGCGUCAUCCGCCAUGGAUUCCGUGCUCGAGAAUACCAUCACCACCUUUUCGUAUGCGCCAUAUGAGGAUAUCACAUUCGCAGCAUGGUAUAAACGCUAUGAAGACAUCUUCAAGAUGGAUGGUAAAAAUCUAGACGAUGCUGCAAGAGUCCAUUUUCUCUUAACAAAGUUGGAUGCGGUCGUAUAUGAAAAAUACUCCAACUACAUUCUGCCACAUUAA